CUAAAAACACAUGUUUGUUUGGUUCACAAGUGGGUGUAUCUGCGGAGCCGCUUCCUUUUCCGCGAAUCGCUUAAAACCCGGCUAAUUUCGAAGUUUGCAGACUUGCCGAUUUCGAUUUGCCGAUUGUGACGUGAUUUUUGAGAGACACUGAAAACGAUCGAGUGCAAUUCAGAUCGAGAUCGAGAGGCUGCGUCAAGGCGUCGAGAGCUCGAGAGAGGCGUCUUCGAGGACAAAAGGAACGUUCAUGUUGGAUUUACCAAGUGAUGGAGUGGGAAAGCAGCAGCAGCAGUGCAGAGCGUCUCGCCAAAACACAGCAACUCGCAGCUGAACUGAGACGGUGGUGGUGAGCGGAGGGUGCGUCAUCGCGAGGGUCGUUCGGCAGCUGGUCGGCGGCCGGUGUCGCUUAGAUGCUGCAAGGCAGUGGCUUAAGGUCGCCCCUCAGCCUGCGCCUGGGCAUCAGUGAAACGCAGAACCCUUUCUGCUCCCUUUUGUCCCUGGGCAUGGCAAACCCUCCGGCACAGCCAGACAAUGAGGAGGUCUUUCUCGAAAACGGUCUGCUGAGCUAUGAAAACCCCAACUACCACCUGGACCCAGCGCGUCUGGACGACGCGCUCAACUCGAACGACCCCGAGGCGGCGGCCGCCCUUUACAAGGAACUCUACCACGAGUUAGACGCGGUUUGCAACCUGAAGAGCCGCGGCGGCAGUGGCAGCGCCGGAGCGCGGCGCCACUACGCCGCCCUUGACAUCGGCGCCAUGGGCGUCGACGUCAGCGCUGGGCCCACCCUAAAGUGCGUCUUGCUUGGCGCUGAACAGUCGCCGGACAGUGAAAAUAACAGGACAAAUAGCGAGGCCGGACUGGACAACAUGGGCCGCCGGCCGCAGCAGUACCCCGGGGCCGAGGAGAAGCGGCGCUCGAGUCCGCGGCCCGACCUCAUCGAGAACGUGCUCGAUUCGCAGCGGGCGUGCGACAGCAUCUCGGAGAAGUCGAUGGACCUCAGCUCGCCGGAGGAGCAGGGCGAGAUUCCGCACAUGCCCGGACAGAUCAACGCCGACGAGCUGUACGCCGUGCCGGUGAAGAGGCGCGAGCGCAACUGGAAGAACGAGGAGCCCGCCGAGCAGAGGCCCUUGCUGAACGCCGAGGACGAAGACGAGACUGAAGAGACCCUUCCUUCUGGCUGGGAAAAACACGAAGAUAAUGACGGUCCGUACUUCUGGCAUAUCAAAAGCGGCACAAUUCAGAGAGAACCUCCUCAGAGCGACAAGAAGGUGGACGGCAAGAAAGUCACUCUGCGCGACUCCGAGAACAUGAUGCCAUUUCCCACCGGGGUGACUCGCAGCAGCACCAGCUCCGCCCUGGAGGAUCUGCAGGACGGCGGAAAAAGGAAAGAGGACAGAAGAGAAGAAAUGGCAUACAAACGUCGUAGCUACCCUGCCCGAAUUGAGCCAGAGACCAAAGAGAGGUCAAUCAGAUUCGCAGUUCGCUCCCUGGGUUGGGUGGAAAUUGCCGAGGAAGAUCUCACCCCUGAAAGGAGCAGCCGGGCAGUCAACAAGUGCAUCGUCGACUUGUCCCUCGGCAGGAAUGACCUGCUGGACGUUGUGGGACGAUGGGGAGAUGGCAAAGAUUUGUUCAUGGACCUCGACGAAGGAGCCCUGAAGCUGAUUGACCCUGAGAACCUGACUGUCCUCAACACACAGCCCAUUCACACAAUCAGGGUGUGGGGCGUUGGACGGGACAAUGGAAGGGAUUUUGCGUACGUGGCCCGCGACAGAGGCACACGGAAGCACAUGUGCCAUGUUUUCCGUUGCGACAUCCCCGCGCGGACGAUCGCCAACACGCUGCGGGACAUCUGCAAGAAGAUCAUGAUCGAACGUUCCCUUCAGCAGAAUCUGGCCAAACCCAUCGAUAUCAGCGCAGUUGGGCCUGGACGAGCUGGUCUCGCAGUCAGACCGACCAACCUGCCCACUGAGCACCGGCGCUUCCACCCGAGGAAUGGUCAGAAUAUCGUCACUCAAUCUUUUCCCACGCCGAUGGAAGAGCCGAAAAAGGUGCUGAAGGCGUUUUACCUGGGCGCGUUGCAGGUCACCAAGUCCACAGGAAUGGAAAUCCUGAACGACGCCAUUGAAAAAAUGGUGACCACCAACCCAAAGGAGCAGUGGAAAAGCGUCAACGUCGCCGUCGCCCCCUCGAUGAUCUCCAUCUCCAUGCCUGGGGACGAUGAGCAGAUUGUCACCGAGUGCCGCGUGCGCUACUUGUCUUUCCUGGGCAUCGGCAAAGAUGUGAAGCAGUGUGCCUUCAUAAUGCACACAGCACAAGACUUAUUCAUUGCUCACGUGUUCCACUGUGAGCCGUCGUCUGGCGCUCUGUGCAAAACAAUAGAGGCUGCAUGCAAAUUGAGGUAUCAAAAGUGUCUUGAUGCACACCCCAGCGGACUGGGUCAGGGUUUGGCCGAAGCCGCCAACACGACGGGAAAGGGUCUCGGCGCCACCCUCAAGUCUUUGGUCGGCUCGCUCACGGGACGUAAAGGCAAAGGUGGCUCGUUAGAAUCCUGAGAUGAGGCCUCGGCUUUACAGGACGGCUCUUGGAGUCCGCCUGUAGAGCGCGAGGUAAUCCCACACAGACACUUGCAGUCGCCAAUGACGUGUGAAAUGUUCAGCGGCGCCGCCGACGAGGCCGCCAACAGUGAGUCCGAGGACGAGGAAAAUGAGGAGGAAAUCGACACCUCAGCGCCAACCCCUCAGCGCAAAGAAUCCUGGUAUUAGAAUGAAGAAGUGAAGGACAGACGAUUAGACUGUGCCAUGUGUGGUCAUUGCCGAGUGCGCUUCAUCUCUCUCAAGUUGAAUAACCGCUAAACAGCUUUGUACUAGUGUGGAUAUAGAAAGGAGAGUUUCACCACAUUUAACGCAGAUUCGGCCGCCCGGUUUUUUUCUUUGGCCCGACUCGAUCACCGCGCGCCUCCGUUCUCAGCUCCAUUUAUUUUCCUCAACCUUUGGAUCUCAAACAAGUUUUUGAUUUGCAUUUCUUCCCAUUUUUUACUCAAAAACUCAUUUUCAACCGCUCUUAUUGUGCAUUUUUUAUUUUGCAUUUUGAGGCGCGACGGCAGCCGACGAUGCGCCGGCCAGCAAUUUCGAAACCCGGCGGCCACACUAUGUAACAAAAAUCAUGUAUAUUGUGUACAAACUGGAUUGAGCAAGCACGAGGCCAGCACACCAAACCUAUUUAAUAAUAUAAAAAGAAGCAACUCGUAAAAUUGAGAAUGGAAAGAGCUGCUUGUCAGUGCGAGACGCCAGAGUCAGCAGCUUUUCGCAAAUGAAAACGGGGAAGAAUCAAAGUUCUAGUGGUAGCAUAUUUGUGGGUCCAUUAUUGAUGAACGCUCGUCUCGGUGCUCUUGUGUGCGACGAGAGCCGAGUGUCUCGUUAUUCCGUGUAGCGCGUCCCGGCAGCAGCUAAAAACUAUAAUCACAAAACUGACACACACUGUAUGAGUGUAAAUCCCGCCCGAGCAUUGCAUACUCUCUCUUUAAACAAGUCUGCUCAUCUCUUCAACAGGCUUUGUCGUGUGCUCUUGAUCUGAUUUUUUAUUAAUUUUAAUUACUUAAAAACGCGUUUUUAUUUUGAACCAGGGCAAGUCAAGACUUUUAUUAUUUUACAAUGCCAAUAAAUAAUUAUUAGUUACAAUUAAGUUCGAUAGAAUCUCCUUUAACCUGAGGUUAGAAUAGGCGUGAUAUUUUUAAAAUGCUAACGUUUUCUUUUGGCUGAAACUAAAACUGUUUUAUUUCAGUCAGCAGAACUUUUGGCAAAAAUUAAUGAGCAGCUUUGACGUGCAGCUCUGCAAAAGUCGAUUUCUUGCCAAAAACUAUUCCUUUCAAAAGUGGUGGAGAUUUGACUGAUUUGUGAUUGCCUUGGCAAUUUAACACUGCAUGACAAUACUUAAAUGUCAAACUUAAAAUAACCAUUUGUACGCGUAAUCUCCCAAAGUUUGCCAAACGCAUCAGCCAAAUCUGCUCCCACCUCUUUAAUUAUAUAGCAAUGUAUAUUUGUUCAAAUAAUAUAAAUGUGCCUCUCGACUAACAAACGUAAUUGUUAACGUGCCCUGGCUGUUAUUCUUUCUUUUUCAUUUUACAGAGCUUAAUCUCAUUGGUCCCCUGAAUAUCUGUCUCAUAAACAGACGAGCUAACUAAGUGAGAAUUAAUCACCCACGCGAAUAAAUCGUUACUUGUCCAAAAAUAGCAAGUGCAUCCUCCGCAGUUAACGAGAGAGGAAGAGAGAAAAUUAAUCAAAGAAAACGAGCAGAGAAUAAAUUUGUAAUUUGCAAAUAAGCAGCAAGAUUCUUCUCUUAUUUCGAGAAGAGAGAAAAGUGGAAGAACGGCAAGAAAGUGUAAGGGAAAUUUUGUCUCAUCCCCCAGCAGAAAAUAGAGCAAAUAAUCAGUUUGAAUGUGUAAAACUACUCUUAAGGCAGCAAAACACAAUUGUAAUCGGAUAAUUAGCGUCUCAAGUAUGUACAGGCAGUAGGUCGCAAAAAUUGCAUGCAGUACAGCAAAAACCUCACAUAUUUAAAACAAAAAAACGACACUGCAAAAAGAGUCCAAAGAUUUUUCUACUCUGUUUCUCUUUAUUUUUGGAAAUGACCUUCCUCGGCUGCUCUGCGAAGUGGAAACAAAUUUUUCCAGCAGUCGAGAGCAGGGUCAGCCAGCUUUGUUCCGAACUCGGUUCCUGCACCUUGCUACAUAACCUCGAUUUUCCUUGAAGAGACACGGUGGUGUGCCUGCCCUAUAUAGAAGUUGUCGGUUGCGUAUUAUAAUGUUCCAGGCACGCCACUGAUCGGUCCGUCGACCUUUCGCAUUGGUUGCAUUUGCUAUGCAAGUGGUACAAAAGUGUGUUCCGACGAUCAGCAGAGAGUUGUUGUUAAUUGUUGUUGUUGUUUUGCGCUUGGAAAUGCAUCUUACCGACAUGAAAAAAAAAAUUAUAUAUCCCUUCGAAAUCACACGAUUCACACUUGGGUGGUAGCGAAAUUUA